AUGAUACGCCUCGGGGCUCCCCAGACACUGGUACUGCUGACGCUGCUCAUCGCCGCUGUCCUUCGGUGUCAGGGCCAGGAUGUCCAGGAGGCUGGCAGCUGUGAGCAGGAUGGGCAAAGGUAUAAUGAUAAGGAUGUGUGGAAGCCCGAACCCUGCCGGAUCUGUGUCUGUGACACUGGGACUGUCCUCUGCGACGACAUAAUCUGUGAAGACAUGAAAGACUGCCUCAGCCCCGAGAUCCCCUUCGGAGAAUGCUGCCCCAUCUGCCCAACUGACCUCGCCACUGCCAGUGGACAACUAGGACCAAAGGGACAGAAAGGUGAACCUGGAGACAUUAAGGAUGUUGUAGGACCCAAAGGACCUCCUGGGCCCCAGGGACCUGCAGGUGAACAAGGCCCCAGAGGUGAUCGUGGUGACAAAGGUGAAAAAGGUGCCCCUGGACCUCGUGGUCGAGAUGGAGAGCCUGGGACCCCUGGAAAUCCUGGCCCCCCUGGCCCUCCUGGCCCCCCUGGCCCCCCUGGUCUUGGUGGAAACUUUGCUGCCCAGAUGGCUGGAGGAUUUGAUGAGAAAGCUGGAGGGGCCCAGAUGGGAGUGAUGCAAGGGCCAAUGGGCCCCAUGGGACCACGAGGACCUCCAGGCCCUGCCGGUGCCCCUGGACCUCAAGGAUUUCAAGGCAAUCCUGGUGAACCUGGUGAACCUGGAGUUUCUGGUCCCAUGGGUCCCCGUGGCCCUCCUGGCCCCCCAGGAAAACCUGGUGAUGAUGGUGAAGCUGGAAAGCCUGGGAAAUCUGGUGAAAGAGGCCCUCCUGGUCCUCAGGGUGCUCGCGGCUUCCCAGGAACCCCAGGACUUCCUGGUGUCAAAGGUCACAGAGGUUACCCAGGUCUAGAUGGUGCUAAGGGAGAAGCAGGAGCUCCAGGUGCUAAGGGUGAGAGUGGUUCUGCAGGCGAGAAUGGUGCUCCGGGCCCCAUGGGUCCCCGCGGUCUGCCUGGUGAGAGAGGACGCACUGGCCCUGCCGGUACUGCGGGUGCCCGUGGCAAUGAUGGUCAGCCUGGUCCUGCAGGGCCUCCGGGUCCUGUUGGUCCUGCUGGUGGUCCUGGCUUCCCUGGUGCUCCUGGUGCUAAGGGUGAAGCUGGCCCCACUGGGGCUCGUGGUCCUGAAGGCGCUCAAGGUCCCCGGGGUGAAUCUGGGACCCCCGGCUCCCCUGGGCCUGCUGGUGCUUCUGGUAACCCUGGAACUGAUGGUAUUCCUGGAGCUAAAGGAUCCGCUGGUGCUCCUGGGAUUGCUGGUGCUCCUGGCUUUCCUGGACCUCGCGGUCCUCCUGGCCCUCAAGGUGCUACUGGUCCUCUGGGCCCAAAAGGUCAGACGGGUGAACCUGGUAUUGCUGGCUUCAAAGGUGAACAAGGCCCCAAGGGAGAACCUGGCCCUGCUGGCCCCCAGGGAGCCCCUGGCCCUGCUGGUGAAGAAGGCAAAAGAGGUGGUCGUGGAGAACCAGGUGGUGCCGGGCCCAUCGGUCCCCCUGGAGAACGAGGUGCUCCUGGCAACCGUGGUUUCCCAGGUCAAGAUGGUUUGGCAGGUCCCAAAGGAGCCCCUGGAGAGCGAGGACCCAGUGGUCUUGCUGGUCCCAAGGGAGCCAACGGUGACCCUGGCCGUCCUGGAGAACCUGGUCUUCCUGGAGCCCGGGGUCUCACUGGUCGCCCUGGUGAUGCUGGUCCUCAAGGCAAAGUUGGUCCUUCUGGAGCCCCUGGUGAAGAUGGUCGCCCUGGUCCUCCAGGUCCUCAGGGGACUCGUGGGCAGCCUGGUGUCAUGGGCUUCCCUGGUCCCAAAGGUGCCAAUGGAGAACCUGGCAAAGGUGGUGAGAAGGGACUUCCGGGUGCUCCUGGUCUGAGAGGUCUUCCUGGUAAAGAUGGUGAGACUGGUGCUGCAGGCCCCCCUGGACCCUCCGGACCUGCUGGAGAGCGAGGCGAGCAGGGUGCUCCUGGGCCAUCUGGGUUCCAGGGACUUCCUGGCCCUCCUGGUCCUCCAGGUGAAAGUGGAAAGCCAGGUGACCAGGGUGUUUCUGGUGAAGCUGGUGCUCCUGGCCUCGUAGGCCCCAGGGGUGAACGAGGUUUCCCAGGUGAACGUGGCACUCCUGGGUCCCAGGGCCUCCAGGGUGCUCGUGGUCUCCCUGGUACUCCUGGCACUGAUGGUCCCAAAGGUGCUUCUGGCCCAGCUGGCCCCCCUGGGGCUCAGGGCCCUCCAGGUCUGCAGGGAAUGCCCGGUGAGAGGGGAGCAGCUGGUAUCUCUGGGCCCAAGGGAGACAGGGGUGAUGUUGGUGAGAAAGGCCCCGAGGGAGCCCCAGGGAAGGAUGGUGGACGAGGUCUGACUGGUCCUAUUGGCCCUCCUGGUCCUGCUGGUGCCAACGGUGAGAAGGGAGAAGUUGGACCUCCUGGCCCGGCAGGAACUGCUGGAGCUCGAGGUGCCCCGGGUGAGCGUGGACAGGCUGGACCCCCCGGACCUGCUGGAUUUGCUGGUCCUCCUGGUGCUGAUGGACAGCCUGGUGCCAAGGGUGAGCAAGGAGAGUCUGGUCAGAAAGGCGAUGCUGGAAACCCUGGUCCCCAGGGUCCCUCAGGAGCUCCUGGGCCUCAGGGUCCUACUGGAGUGACUGGUCCUAAAGGAGCCCGAGGUGCUCAAGGCCCUCCGGGUGCCACUGGAUUCCCUGGAGCUGCUGGCCGUGUCGGACCCCCAGGCUCAAAUGGUAACCCUGGACCCCCUGGUCCGCCUGGUCCUUCUGGAAAAGAUGGUCCCAAAGGUGCUCGAGGCGACACUGGCUCCCCUGGCCGAGCUGGUGACCCUGGCCUCCAAGGUCCUGCAGGAGCCCCUGGUGAAAAGGGGGAGCCUGGAGAUGACGGUCCCUCUGGCCCUGAUGGUCCUCCAGGUCCCCAGGGUCUGGCAGGGCAGAGGGGCAUUGUUGGUUUGCCUGGACAGCGUGGUGAGAGAGGAUUCCCCGGCUUGCCUGGCCCAUCGGGCGAGCCUGGAAAACAGGGAGCUCCCGGAUCAUCUGGAGACCGAGGUCCCCCUGGCCCGGUGGGUCCUCCUGGCCUGACUGGUCCUGCGGGUGAACCCGGACGAGAGGGAAGCCCUGGUGCUGAUGGCCCUCCUGGCAGAGAUGGUGCGGCUGGAGUCAAGGGUGAUCGUGGUGAGACUGGUCCCCUUGGUGCUCCGGGAGCCCCUGGGUCCCCUGGAUCUCCUGGCCCCGCUGGCCCAACUGGCAAACAGGGAGACCGAGGAGAGGCUGGUGCACAAGGCCCCAUGGGACCUGCUGGACCUGCUGGAGCUCGAGGAAUAGCAGGCCCUCAAGGUCCCCGAGGUGACAAAGGAGAAACUGGAGAGGCUGGCGAAAGAGGGCUGAAGGGACACCGAGGCUUCACUGGUCUGCAGGGUCUGCCUGGGCCUCCUGGUCCUUCUGGAGACCAAGGUGCUUCUGGUCCUGCUGGUCCUUCUGGCCCUAGAGGUCCUCCUGGGCCUGUUGGUCCCUCUGGCAAAGAUGGCUCUAAUGGAAUCCCUGGCCCCAUUGGACCUCCUGGUCCCCGUGGACGUUCAGGAGAAACUGGCCCUGCUGGUCCUCCUGGAAAUCCUGGACCCCCCGGCCCUCCAGGUCCCCCUGGUCCUGGCAUCGACAUGUCCGCCUUUGCUGGCCUUGGCCAAAGAGAGAAGGGCCCUGACCCCCUGCAGUACAUGCGGGCUGACCAGGCAGCUGGCACCCUGAGACAACAUGACGUCGAGGUGGAUGCCACACUCAAGUCCCUCAAUAACCAGAUAGAGAGCAUCCGCAGCCCUGAGGGCUCCCGCAAGAAUCCUGCUCGAACCUGCAGAGACCUGAAACUCUGCCACCCCGAGUGGAAGAGCGGAGACUACUGGAUUGACCCCAACCAGGGCUGCACCUUGGAUGCCAUGAAGGUCUUCUGCAACAUGGAGACUGGUGAGACCUGCGUCUAUCCCAGCCCAGCAAACGUUCCCAAGAAGAACUGGUGGAGCAGCAAGAGCAAGGAGAAGAAACACAUUUGGUUUGGAGAAACCAUCAACGGUGGCUUCCACUUCAGCUAUGGAGAUGACAACCUGGCUCCCAACACUGCCAACGUCCAGAUGACCUUCCUACGCCUGCUGUCCACGGAGGGCUCCCAGAACAUCACCUACCACUGCAAGAAUAGCAUUGCCUACAUGGAUGAAGCCGCCGGCAACCUCAAGAAAGCCUUACUCAUCCAGGGCUCUAAUGAUGUUGAGAUUCGGGCUGAGGGCAAUAGCAGGUUUACAUACAGUGCCUUGAAGGAUGGCUGCACGAAACACACUGGGAAGUGGGGCAAGACAGUCAUCGAGUACCGAUCACAGAAGACCUCUCGCCUCCCCAUCAUUGACAUUGCACCCAUGGACAUUGGAGGGCCUGAUCAGGAAUUUGGUGUGGACAUAGGGCCUGUUUGCUUCUUGUAAAAACCCCAACCCAGAAACAACACCAUCCAUUCCAAACCCAAAGGACCCACGUACUUUCCAAUCGCAGUCACUCUGAGACUCUGCACUGAAUGGCUGACCUGACCUGAUGUCCAUCCAUCCCACCCUCACAGUUUGGACUUUCAUUCCCUCUCUUUCUAAGAGACCUGAACUGGGCAGACUGCAAAAUAAAAUCUCGGUGUUCUAUUUAUUUAUUGUCUUCUAGUAAGACCUUUGGGUCAAGGCAGAGGCAGGAAACUAACUGGUGUGAGUCAAAUGCCCCCUGAGUGACUGCCCCCCAGCCCAGGCAAGAAGACCCCCUUCAGGUGCCGGGCGCAGGAACUGUGUGUGCCCUACACUAUGGUGCUAUUCUCUGUCAAACACCUCUGUAUUUUUUAAAACAUCAAUUGAUAUUAAAAACAAAAAAAUUAUUGGAAAGUA